AGACACAAGUAGGCGAAUAAACCAACACGUAGCGGUUAGGGAGAUGAAAGUAGAUAGGCCUAGAAAGGGUGGCAAUGGCUAACUGGGGCCAUUCAAUACAUUAAACUAACACCAAGAAAACAACGUACACAACGACAUGUAAUGUAAGGGCAAGACAAAGGACAGCCGCUACCUUGCAACUUGAACUAAAGACGGCUCUUAAAAUUAAAACUUAAAAAAGGAGAGGAGCAUGUGAGUUUGGUUUUUGAUGAAAUAAAAAAGAAAAUUUACAGCCAACCAAGAAUUUUUCAGCUAACUCUUGACACACAUUUCUUUUCUUUUUCUUUCAUUUGAUUUUGGGAGGCUGACAAUAAUUCAGCAACACUGUACAUAGGGAAAAGAGAAAAGGUUAAAAUAUAUAGAUAGAUAAUAUAUUAGAAACAUAUCGGUAACAUAGGUAAAAAGAUAGAGAUAGAGAUAGAGAGAGUUUGUAUGGAAAUGCAAAGAACCGCAAAGAGAGCUGAAGACAGUAGAAAAAGAAGAAGGAAGAAGAAAAGUUUCAUGGAAUAAGAUAUGGGUUUUUUUAUUCUUUUGCUCUUUCUUUGUGUUUUAGAUUGUUGGGUUUGGGUUUGAGUUUUUGAGCUGUGUUUGAUCAUCAGGAAUUUUACUGCUUCUUGUCUGUGGAAAUGCUUGGGAACAGGAUUGGUGGCCAUAAUAAGAUGAUAUAUUAGAGUCUGGCAAAGCAUGGGCUACCUAUUUAUCUUUCCUUGCCAGGCUGCUAGGAUGGAGUUAGAUAUUGUGUUCAACCUUUCUGCUACGAUUCUGAAUUCAGGUGCACAAUUUGGUGAACUAGCUGCUGGAAUAGGGGUGGGUUUAGUUGAUAGUUAAUGAUACUUGUGCCAUAUACACAAAAAUGCAGUAGUUGACCUUGUUUUUUUAUCCUUUUUUUAAUUUUCAUCUAUGAAUUUUAUUAGUUUUAUGAUAACAUAGGGCAACUUGAAUUCCAUUGUUGGUUUAGUAAGUCAAGCAUUCAUGUAUGUCCAUAAAGAAUAAAGUGCUCAAGGGUCGAUAACAAAGUAGCUGCGAAGGUCUUUGAAUUUUGGAUACGGAUAGUUAAAAAUGGGGUUGCCUCAAGUCUCCUCUAGUGGUGUUGCCGAGGAAGUGGCUGCAUCACUGUGCACAUUUGUGCAGACCCCACACAGGAUUGUUGGUGCGAGCAACUGUGAUUUAAUAAGGAUGCCUGGAGGAAAUCAAAUUCAGGUGGAUUUGCCUCGUUCAGCUUUUGGAGAUCUGCAAAUAAAAACCACUGGGGAGCUUCAAAAGGAACGCGAAACAUUGAAUGUGAAUAAAGAUGGUAGAUCCAACAUUUAUAAGCUGAAAAUCGGUACUGUGGAACAAAAUGGCAGGCUCACUCAUAAAAAUGGGAAGAAUAUUCAGGCACCUAUUCCUAGAAUUCUCGGUUUUGAAGCAAGGGCAUUGCAUUCUCCAGUCGAUGUGUUCAAUGGAGUCCAAACUUCCACUGUUGUUAGCAUAAACAGUAAUGUAGCUGAGUCUAAUGGCUCAGUUGCAAGGAAGCGCUUAUUGUCUCCUUUGAGUGGAAUGCUCGGCCCUGAUCAAUUUAACCAUGAUGCUCUGGAUAUAGGUGGUGGUAUCAGCCAAAGUGGUUUCGACAGCAGAACUAAAAGCUGCAGUAUUUAUGUGUCACAAGAGCAUAAAAAGGCUCAUGUUAACAACUCUAGUUCUUUAGACCUUGCAAUCUGUUCUACAUCUUGUUUUCAGAAAUGGAAGAAUUCACUUGUUGAAAAUUCUCAAGCAAACUCAGUGGUCCUCUCUGAUGUUCCUUUAAUUAAGAGUAAGGAGCUGCAAUAUGGCAGUCAUCUUGUACCUUCUUCCGGAGGGCUAAGUUAUUUUGGAGAAACAAAUAAAAGAAGGAACCAGACACCGGCUAUCACAAUUCCUAUUAAGAAGGCUGGCUCACCUCCCUUAUCUUUGUCUCCUCUUGGUCCGAAAUCUAUUGAAAGAACAAAAUAUGCUGAAGGAUGCAAGGAUAUGGCGGAACAGUUAGAUGAUGAUUAUAUGACAUUCAAGGAGCUGGAGCAAUCUCUUAAUGGGACAGUAUCUGUUCAGACAGAUGAAGAUUUCAGGUUGUAUGGUAAAUCAUUUCAUCAUUUUGAUGAUUUGCAGAAUAAGUCUGAUCCAUGUUCUCCUGAUCUUACCUCGGAAACUGCUUUGAAAUGGGGCCAGAACUUGAAUCAUGCUCCUAAAAGCGGAAAAUUGGUUAGAAGUCUUAGUAGUGGACCAUCUGCUAGAAGGUCCUUAGUUGGUUCAUUUGAGGAGUCACUGCUGUCUGGUCGGCUGUUAUCCGGAAAAGUUAGUCAGAGAAUUGAUGGUUUCCUUGCUAUUCUCAGUAUCGCGGGUGGGAAUUUCUCUCCGCAAUCACAGAAACUUCCAUUUGCAGUAACUAGUGUUGAAGGAGAUAACUACUUGCUCUAUUAUUCAUCAAUUGAUCUUGCUAGGCAUACCUCCACAAACAAGUCUAGAGGCCCAAAAAUGAAACGGAGCCUGAGCAUUGACAAUUCACAAGCUGAAAAGAGUCGCCUUCGUGUACCUAUGAAGGGGCGGAUACAAUUGGUGUUGAGCAAUCCAGAAAAGACACCUAUUCACACUUUCCUUUGUAACUACGAUCUGACCAACAUGCCUGCUGGUACGAAGACAUUUAUGCGCCAAAGGAUUACUUUGGCACCUGCUGCUGCAACUAACAUGCCAGGAAAAGAAAACCGCAAAUGCUCCGAGACAAAAGUGGAUCCUAAUACUGGAAUAUUACAUACUCCUAGAUAUCCUGAACGGGAUAUGAAAGAUAUAGAAAGUGACUUAGACAGUGGUUCCGGAGUUCUUAACAUCCGUAACAAAGAAAGCAGUUCAUCAGACAAUAGCAAUGUAAAUUUAAGCAAACUUGUACAUAGCUCAUCAAGGGUCAAUGAGAGUAGUGUUGGUUCUGGUGUUCUUCGCUAUGCACUUCACCUCCGUUUUUUAUGCUCUUCCACCAAGAAAUGUUCAAAGGCUGUCCGAAGGUGCAAAUCCGAUCCUCUGUCUGCACCUGCAGGAAACAUGAACAUGGAAGGGGAGCGACGCUUCUACUUGUACAAUGAUAUGAGAGUGGUUUUCCCGCAGCGCCAGUCAGAUGCUGAUGAGGGUCAGCUACAUGUGGAGUACGAUUUUCCGUCAAAUCCAAAGUACUUUGACAUCAGCAGCUAAAACAUGGCCAAGCUUCACAAGUAUUGGCUGUGUUAAGAUUUCUGUACAUAUCUGUGAAUAUAGUCUGUUUCGUUUAGCCCUUAAAAAGUGGCCAUUGAUUUGUACAUAAUGAAUCAAUAAUCAAACUAUUCCAUUUAUUCAUCAUCAUCAUUUUACUCUUCUCAGAA